AGAUCAAACAAUUCAAACAUGUUCGCCAAGAUCACAAUCGUCGCCUGUUUUUUGGCUAUGGCCAACGCAGGUGCCAUUGGGCUAGCACCGCAAUACUCGUAUUACCAGCCUGAAGCGCUAACCUCAACCCAGGACAACGUUUUAAGAAGCCCAGGAAAUUUGGCCCAAAUUUCACACCAGAGCAAAACUAUUCAAACACCCUUCUCCAGCAGCAGCAAAUAUCAGACCCAAGUAUCAAACCCAUCAGUUAUUGCACACACUGCCCCCAUCUAUGCUCAAACUUACGCCGCAGCCCCAGUUGCCCAAUAUGCCCAAUAUGCUGCCCCAGAUCCAAUUGUCAAAACUGUGCAGCCAGCUCUCUACUCCGCUCAGUAUGCUGCCCCAGUUGCUCACGCUGCCCCAGUUGCCCAUGCCAGUCUCUUGGGCGUUGCAUACUCCCCCGCUGUACAGGUUUCUCACAUGACCUAUAGCAGUCCCUUCGGAGUCUACUCUUAUUAAUUUCGACUCUACAACCUCACAUGUAAUUAAUAAAUUGUAUUUA